GUAGCUAUUGUUAGCCGAGGCACCGGCAGCUUAUCGCGCGCUCACUCCACCACCUACCUGUUGAAUAUUCACGUCAUCUGUUUCACGAGCGAGUGGAGGGGAGUGUGUGUGUGUGUGUGUGUGUGUGUGUGUGUGUGUGGGGGGAGGGGGGUUCUUUAACGAGGGACUGUCGAAGAACAAGAAAGUCAAAUCUGAGAGCUGUGGGCAGGUGAGGAAGGAAAGGAAGGAAGGAAGGAAGGAAGGAAGGAAAGGAAGGAAGGAAGGAAGGAAGGACGUAAAUAAAAGGACGCAGCGACCGUUGGUGCUUGGAACGCAACAGGUUAGCUACUUCAAUGUUAUAGCAACGGGCUCGGACUUUUUAGUUUCCACGUCGAAAAAAAACUUUAAAAAGCAACAAUAACAACACAGAAAAAUGCCGCUGGGACCGUGGAGGAAGAAAAACAAAUCGACGAAGGAGCAUUUGGUGGACAACGAGGAGGUCAGCGGCGGACACGCAGGUGCCGGGAGCUUGAGUAAAUCCGCCGUGAACGGAGCGGGGCUCCCGCCUCCUCCUGCCGACCUGCGGCCCAAGCUGGUCUUCCACACGCAGCUCGCCCACGGAAGCCCCACCGGCAGGAUCGAGGGAUUUAGUAACGUGAAGGAGUUGUACGCGAAAAUAGCGGAGGCGUUUAAUAUAAGCCCACCUGAGAUCCUGUUCUGCACCCUCAACACCCAUAAGAUCGACAUGGACAAGCUGUUGGGGGGUCAGAUCGGCUUGGAGGAUUUUAUCUUCGCUCACAUUAAAGGGCUCAAGAAGGAGGUGGAGGUUUAUAAAUCUGAAGAUGCUCUGGGCCUCACCAUCACCGACAACGGAGCAGGAUACGCUUUCAUAAAGCGUAUCAAAGAGGGCAGCGUUGUGGACGGGGUGAAGGUGAUCUGCGUGGGCGACCACGUGGAGUGCAUUAACGGACGUAACAUCGUCGGGACACGGCAUUACGAGGUCGCCCGCAUGCUUAAAGAGCUGCCCAAAGAAAAGUCCUUCACCCUCAAGCUGGUCGAGCCGAUGAAAGCCUUCGAAAUGCUCGAGCCCAGAUCAAAGGGUGCCAAACCUGCCAGUGACAACAAGAUCGGCACAGGGAGGGGGACUCUGAGACUUCGCGCCAAGGGCCCGGCUACUGUAGAGGAAGAGCCAACAGAAUUUGAGGAGAAGGCCGUAAAGAAAGUGGACGACCUCCUGGAGAGCUACAUGGGCAUCAGAGACACUGAACUUGCUGCCACGAUGGUCGAGGUCGGACGCGACAAGAAGAACCCGGAUGAAUUCGCCAUGGCGUUGGACGAGACCCUCGGAGACUUCGCCUUUCCCGACGAGUUUGUCUUUGACGUCUGGGGGGCCAUCGGAGACGCCAAGCAGGGAAGAUUUUGAGUUUGCUACUGCCUCACCCAAACACACACACACACACACACACACACACACACACCUCUUUAAUAUCCUCAGAAGCAAACUGGACAAACUUCCAACCAGCACAAACAGGGGGGGCGGAUGAAGUGUUCUUUAGGUGUAGCUUUGACUGUCUUAAAGCGCCGUCUUCAAGUCAAGUGGGUUUACAGAAGGAAUUUAAACAUGUCAGCGUUUCAGUGUCAUCUUGUAAAGAUAUCUAUGAAAUGUGGAAUGCAGUUUUCAACGCUGGACCUGCCAAGCGAGCGCCGGAGAGCUGGUGAAUAAUUCCAGAUGUUAUAAUAGUAAAAAAUCUAUUGCACAGCCUCUGCAGAGACGCGAUCGCAAACGAUGUAGCCGCACGACGCCGUUUCUUCUGCGAGAACAGCAAACGUAGUAGACAGUGGUCUUAUUACACUGGUUAUGAAAUGUGCACAACUUUUAAAUUAAAAAAAAAAAAACAAUCACUCAGUUUUAAUCACAAUUUAUAGCUGUGUCGUUUUAUUUUGAAUAUACAGAUUUAUCACACAGCUUUUUAUAGGCUUUUUUUUUAUAUGUGAAAAAGCGUUGCUGAUUUUACAGCGGCAGCAUUGUGUAAUUAGUGUUAUUAUAGUGAUCGUAGCAAUAUUUCUCUGUCAGGCAACCUUUAUUUCCCCUUCCCGUCUUUUAAAAUCCUUUAAAAUGACCUCACGGUGGAAAGACGGUGGAGCUUUUGGCCAUGUUCACAUCGCUAAUGUUCGUUUACUUUGUGAUUUUGUUUUUAUGUUUUCUUUAAAACUCUUCUGUGUCCUUCCACAUGUCAGCUUGAGCCUUUCGUACUUCUGGCAGAGACUGAGCAAUACAGAGGGGUUUUUUUAAUCUUUAAAUGCCUUUAGCAAAGUUUGACACACAUUCCACCAACAUUCCUUAUGUUUUAUCAUGUCGUUAUAGUCCGUUAGCACUGGUUACACGUCAUGAAAUCAGGCUUAUUUAGAAAAGCACGCUUGUUUUUUUUCCCUGUAAUUUAUUUUAUCAUGAAAAUCAUAUGCUGUACGACCUUUUUCACGCUGAGACGUGGCUCAGUAUGAAAGAAAUAAGCCAUUAUUUGAAGGCUGCGUCUGGAAUGGGAUCAAUUGCAAUCCAAUGUCUUAAAUAAAUGCACUCGCAUUAAUGCUAACUGCACUAUUUAAAAUCACUGUCAAACUGAAUUUAAAUAGCGACUUGAUUUGUGUCAUCUACUGAUGUUUAACUGUCUGCAGCAGUUGCAUAUUGUUUGACAAACCAUAAGGGAUCACUAUUGUUGGAUAGACAAUAAAAUUUGAUAUACUGUUAUUA